AGAAAUUCAUACAUAGACUACCAGCUUCAUUAUGCUGCCAACAGCUUCCAGCAAAAGAAGAACAUUUGCAGCCAGAUAUUUUGCUCGCUCCAAAAGCCUGGUGAUGGGGGAGCAGAGCCAGAGCCCCAAGCAGCCACCCUGUUCCCGCAGGCUGGGCCCAGUACUGAAGGCAGGCUGGCUGAAGAAGCAGAGGAGCAUCAUGAAGAACUGGCAGCAGCGCUGGUUUGUGCUGCGUGGGGAUCAGCUUUUCUACUACAAGGACAAAGAUGAGACCAAGCCCCAGGGAUUUAUUUCUCUGCAAGGGAUGCAGGUGACCCAACUUCUUCCUGGCCCUGAGGAUGUGGGGAAGCACCUCUUUGAGAUCAGCCCAGGUGCCGCAGAGCGGGAGAAGGUGCCAGCCAACCCCGAGGCGCUCCUGCUCAUGGCCAGUUCUCAACGUGACAUGGAGGACUGGGUACAGGCCAUCCGCCGGGUCAUCUGGGCCCCAUUUGGUGGAGGUACUGCCCAUAGCCCGCAUGCUCACCCUCUAGAACCCUUGCGUCCAGGGAUCUUUGGGCAGCGCCUGGAGGACACAGUCCACCACGAGCGGAAGUAUGGCCCCCGCCUGGCCCCCAUGCUGGUGGAACAGUGUGUGGACUUCAUACGGGAGCGCGGGCUCACUGAGGAGGGGCUCUUCCGCAUGCCGGGCCAGGCCAACCUGGUGAGGGACCUGCAGGACUCCUUUGACUGUGGGGAGAAGCCACUGUUUGACAGCACCACAGAUGUGCACACGGUGGCCUCCCUGCUGAAGCUGUACCUACGGGAGCUACCCGAGCCUGUAGUCCCUUUCGCCAGGUAUGAGGACUUCCUCAGCUGCGCCCAGCUGCUCACCAAGGACGAGGGGGAGGGGACUCUGGAGUUGGCUAAACAAGUGAGCAGCCUUCCUCUGGCCAAUUACAACCUGCUCAGAUAUAUCUGCAAGUUUCUGGAUGAAGUUCAGUCCCAUUCAAAUGUCAACAAGAUGAGCGUCCAAAACCUAGCAACCGUUUUUGGACCUAAUAUACUUCGGCCACAGAUAGAAGACCCAGUGACCAUCAUGGAAGGCACUUCCCUUGUCCAGCACUUGAUGACUGUCUUGAUCCGCAAACACAGCCAGCUCUUCACUGCGAGGACCACCGAAGGGCCAGCCUCCCCCCACGGGGGCCCACCUGGCACAGUAGGGUGGGGCUCUGAGGAGGUCACGAGGGACAGCCAGGUAGAGCCCAGCAGCCCUGGUGCCCCUGGCCUGCCCUCACACAGGACUUCAUCUCUGGAUGGGGCUGCUGUGGCAGCACUAUCUAGAAACUCUCCCCUGGGCCCAGGGGGCCGGUGCGGCCUGACUACCAGCAACCCUGGGAAGAGGAUGCAGACGCUCCCCAGUUGGAAAUCUUCCUUUCGGCAGUCAGGGUCCCGGUCAGGGAGCCCAAAAGCUGGCAGCUCAUCCCUGGAGGUGCCCAUUAUCUCCUCUGGCGGGAACUGGCUCAUGAAUGGGUUGUCUUCCCUGCGUGGCCACCGCCGGGCCUCCUCAGGGGACCGGCUCAAAGACUCGAGCUCCUCACAGAGACUCUCCACCUAUGACAAUGUGCCGUCUGCCAGCCUCUUCCCCAGCACUCCCAGUGUGUCCAGCUCAGCGUGGUCGGGGGCCUCUUCCUUCGAGGCCUCUGCUGGAGGCUCCGUCAGCAGCUGCACCGCCUGCCGGGCCAGCGACUCCUCUGCCUGCAGCUCCCUGCUCACCGAGGGGGCCCUGGAGCCCUCCCCCCUCCCCAGCAGCAGUGAGGAACGCAGAUCCCCAGACCUGGGUCACAGCCUGGAUGAGGUGGGCCUCUGCCUCAGUAGCAGCGAGCCCAGCGACCCAGGCAUCCCGGCCCAGGACAGUGCCCGCCACUCCAAGGCUCUGCAGGGCCUGGUCAAGGAGCUCAGGGCAGAGCUGUGCCGACAGAAGACUGAGUACGAGACGAGUGUGAAAAGACUCGAAGAAGGUACUGCCGACCUGCGGAAACAAAUGUUGCAGCUAGAGGAAGAAUUGGACCAGGAAAAGAAAAGGUACACCAUGCUGGAAAUCAAGCUGAGGAACUCAGAGCGGGCACGGGAGGAUGCGGAGAGGAGGAACCAGCUGCUGCAGCAGGAGAUGGAGGAGUUUUUCUCAACCCUGGGGAGCCUGACUGUUGGAGCAAAAGGUGCCAGAGCCCUGAAGUAAAGGAGGUCACUUCUGCUGUGCUGCUCACCCUCCUCUCAGCAGAGAGGGUCCCUGGCCUGGGCCACAAGGAGCCCGAGGACCCUGCAGUAUGGACCCCAGCCUCAGUACCCGUGCUGCGGAGCCAGCUGGAGGGUAGAACCCUGACACCUGGGUGAGGGACGGC